AUGUCUUCUGACAAGAUCGAGAAUGACCCCUCAUUUAACAAUGGUAAAAAAAGAGGUAGAAAAGAAUUAAGAGUCAUAAAAAGAACCUCUACAAGAAGUAGUGAUUUAAUUCGAAAGGGGAAAAAGUCAUAUGAAUCACACGAAGAUUCUAACAAAUAUUUUGAUGGAAACGAAGUAAAUGAAGAAGAAGAGGAAGAGGAUCAAGAAGAAGGAAGUGAUGACGACGAUGAUGAUGAAAGAAAGGAAAAGGUUUAUGGCGCUCUUUUAACAAUUCUAAAAUCUGAACAUCCUGAACCUAAAAGACGCAAGAAAAGUUCAAAUAAUUUAAAUAAUAACCUAUCACAAACUGAACAAGAUCCAAAAAAAUAUAUAGCUCAAGAUGAUUAUGAAAUUACUAAUACAGAUGUUGUAUUAGAAUUUGAAAAUGAACAAAUUGAAAAUGCUUUGGAUGAAAAACAAGCCAGUGAAAAAGAAGACAAGGACGAAGAAGAAGAAACUAUAAGUGAUAACAAUUCAUUGGAUAGUGAGGAUGAAACAGAUCCCUUUGAAAGUCAUUUUAAUAAAGCUUCUGAACAAUUCAUUGAUAAAUUAGACAAUGCAUUCAAAUCGCAUGAAAUUAAAUAUAAAUCACUGAAGUUGAGUGGUAAUUCGAUAGAUCAAUAUAUGUUAUAUUCUGAACCAAGGAUCCUUACAGAUCAAAAUUCCAGAUCAGCACAAAUUAAAACUCCCAUCAUUAAAUCAUCUAUUCACUCCUAUUUCCUAAAACAAAGAUUAAAAGUGCAAAAUGAUUUAAUGGAUCCUAAGAAAGAUGACUUGACAAAACUUCAGAAGGAUUUGGUAGAUCCAAUGUUUCAAUAUAAAGAUAUAUUAUACGAAUAUGGCAACUAUGAUACUGAUGAAGAACAAUACAGAAAUUUAUAUUCAAUACAUGUUUUAAACCACAUAUACAAGACAAGAGAUAGAAUCUUAAAGAACAAUCAGAAGUUACAGGAUAAUCCAGAUGCAGAAUUUCUUGACCAAGGUUUCACCAGACCAAAAGUACUGAUUAUAGCGCCAACUAGAGAUACGGCAUAUCAUAUUGUUGACAUUAUUAUUAAUAAAUCCGGUAUAGAUCAGGUGGAUAAGAAAUCUAAGUUUAAAGACCAAUUUCUCGAGGAAUCACUACCCCCAUCCUCAAAACCUAAAUCUUUUCAACAUAUUUUUAAAGGUAAUACCAACGAUUUUUUCAUCCUCGGUAUUAAGUUUACUAGAAAAGCGAUUAAAUUGUAUAGUAAUUUUUAUCAAUCUGAUAUAAUCGUUUGUUCUCCAUUAGGGUUACAAAUGAUUGUGGAAAACACAGAUAAGAAAAAAAGACAAAACGAUUUCCUGUCAUCUAUUGAACUGACUAUCAUUGAUCAAUUGUAUUCUAUUGAGUUUCAAAAUAUUUCCCAUUUGUUCACGAUCUUCGAUCAUUUAAACAGGAUCCCACAAGAGCAGCAUGAUACAGAUUUCAGCAGAAUUAGAAUGUGGUACAUUAAUGACCAAGCUAGGUUGUUUAGACAAACAAUGAUUUUCACUAAAUACAUUUCCCCUGUUGCAAAUUCAUUUAUCAAUGGUAAGUGCCAAAAUUGGUCAGGUAGAUGGAAGAAUCAUAGAGUCAUUCAACCUGAACAAUCUGGUAUCGGUCAAUUAGGGUUAAGAGUUAGACAGAUAUUUCAAAGGUUUGAUAUAUUAGAUGGUAAUGUUGUGGAUGAACCAGAUUACAGAUUUAAAAACUUCACCAGUGUAGUGAUUCCAAGUAUUAUUAAAUCAACAGGUUAUGAGGAAGGGAUUUUAAUUUAUAUUACAGAUUACAGUGAUUAUGUUAGAAUCAGGAACUACAUGAAAGAUAAGACUAACAUACUAUUUGGUGAUAUCAACGAAUAUUCAGAUCAAAGGCAAUUGACAGCAAAUAGGACAUUAUUUCAACAAGGCAGAAUUAAAGUAUUGUUAUACACAGAAAGAUUGCAUCAUUUUAGACGUUAUGAAAUUAAAGGUGUCAAGAGUGUUAUUUUUUACAAACCACCAAGUAAUCCAGAGUUUUAUAAUGAAAUUGUCAGAUAUAUCGGGAAGAGUGUCUUUUUGGAUCAAGCGGACAUAAACAUCUCUACAGUGAAAUGUAUCUACUCUAAAAUGGAUGCUCUCGCCUUAGAAAAUAUAGUGGGGACUAAAAGAGCAGGUAUUUUGUGUCAUGCUCAAAACGAGACUUAUGAAUUCAAAUAA